GACGCAGUGGAUGGACCCAGCAGGAGGUCCUGCGGGAGUUCUACUCCCCUCCGGUUUGGAUUUAAAUCUGUUCAACCUGAGAUAAGACAUGUAAACCAGGUCUUGGCUUCCGGUCUCACCAGGUGUUAUAAAUACCAGAGCUGGAUGAACGUGCUCUCGGUCAGCUUUAUUUUUGCUGCGAGGAGGAAUGAAAAACUCAGCCAAGAAUUUCUUUGAGCUUCUCAGGAGAAAGAAAAAGCAUUAUAAAGCAAUAAGGCAUACUUAUUAUGUCCAAGUAAGAAGUUCUACGUUUUAGCACCGUGGAGUAGCACACAGGGGCUGCUCUGGUAACAUUUGCUGAAUAAAGAGAAAGCACACAGGCUUGUUUAACCAAAAAAGAACAACUUAAGCUGGGAUUUUUCCUUCGAUCUUUUUUUUUUAAUUUGUCAAACAAUCCAGAAAUGCAGUAGGCAUAUGUUUAGUUGCUCAGUCGUGUGCAACUCUUUGUGGCCUCUUGGACUUUCAACUUGCUAGGCUCCUCUGCCCAUGGGAUUUCCCAGGGGUGACCACCACCUGGGCAUGGGACACUGGCCCCUUCCCCACUUCCUGUGAGUGAGCCAGCGGCUGGGGUUACUGUGGGGAUGCCUGUCCAUCACCGGAAGUCAGACUCUUGGGAGAUGGACCCUGAUUCAUCACCCGGCUGCAGGCUCGGUGACCUGAGCAGAGGGAGCAGUUUGGAGAGUCAGGCCAGCAGCUCCCGUUCCAGAAGCCUCACUCUGGAUGAUGAGAGCCUGAAGUACCUCACACACGAGGAAAAGGACGUCCUCCUGUUUUUUGAAGAGACAAUUGAUUCCCUCGAAGAUGACUUUGAGGAGCAGGUCCUGUGUGCCGGUGACGCCCAGUGGCACUCUCCGAGGUCUCUGGAAGAGAGCACUUCCGCUCCCUCCGAGCCAGAGGAUGUCGUGGACUUGGUGCAGCCAGGCCCUGGAGCCGGGGAGCCUGAGAGCCUUGGGGAGGUGAAGGAGACCACAGGGGCUGUCCCUUUUGGAAAGGAAGACCCCACUGACCUUGAACGCAAGAAAGAGGAUGCAGAGAAGUCUCCCCCAUCAGACCCCCCAGGGCCUGAGGCCCUGCCAUCUUCCCCACCUGCCUCACCUGCAGCAGCUCCAGCCCACCCUAGGAGAGAGCCCCCCACUCCUCCUGCAGAGCACCCCAAACUGACCCGCUCAGUCCCCACUCCUCUGGUCAUCGCCCAGAAGAUAUCUGAAAAGCUGGCAGGGAACGAAGGGCUUUCACCCACAUCUCCGUCCAAAGAGGGCAGGCCUGCAGAGUGGAGGACGCUGGCUUCUCUGGCCCCUCGACACGGAGACCACUCACCGUGGCACCGACAUGCGGCCCAACCAGCACCCAAGAUCCACCGCUUCCCGAGCAACAUCAGCGUGACCAACAGCGCGGGGAAGGACUUCAAUAAGACCAUCUCCAAGGCCGCAGUCAAUGUGCAGGAGCGCAAAGCCCAGGUCCUGGCCAACAUCAACGGUGUCUCCUUCCUCUCCGUGGGGGAGACAGAGGACCGGGCCCAGAGGGGCGAGCCCACCGAGCAGAGAAGCGUCUCUCCCGAGCAGAGCCAGCCAGGCCCGGCCCAGGAGGCGGUCCCCACGCGAGAAGGGGCCCGCGGCGCCCAGCAGUGCAGAGGCGUGCAGACAGAACAGCCCCUGCCGCUGGCCAACGGCUUCCAGAGCAUUCACGACGUCCUCAAGAGCCAGGCCGGGCCCUUCGUCUCCACCGGGAAGACGGUGACCUUCCGUCCGGACCCGGCCCUCCCCAGCAGACUUGAACCCCAGCAGCCAGACUGCGGCCAGGCAGCCAGGAAGCGGUCAGGCUCGCUCCCCAGGGCUGUGGGGUUCAGACCCCAAGGUAUCACUGUCCAGUUCUCUGGCCGGGGCUCCACAGAGGAGGCCCGCCGGGAGGCCCUGCGGAAGCUCGGCCUCCUGAAGGAGAACUUAUGAUGGAGUGCGAGUGGGCGCCGGGGAAGGCAGGGUGGCCUGGUACGCAGAGCCAAAAAUGGACGUGCACAUGCGCACAGCGCAGCUGCAAAGCCCCGACUGGGUACCCGGUUGACGACUAGAUGAGGGCCUGGGAGUCAGUAGACGAGCUGUCCCCCUUCCAUUCUGCAUCCGAGCUGGGACAGCCUUCCAUGUGAGAGGGCCCGCACCACAUCUUGUCUUCCCUUUUCUGAGAGCUCAGAGAAUAACCUUGAAAACCUACAAGUUUCUAUGAUUUGUAAAUGCCAUAUGUUUUUUGGAUCUAGGAGGAAGGGGAUUUGGGUCUGAUUUUUUUUUUUUUUUUUUUUUUUUGCUGUUAUUGAGUCUCUGAUCUAACCUUUAAUCCCCGAAUGCAUGAGAGGAAAGCCAGUGUAGAUCUCAUACUCGUUUCCCUAAGAAAGGGAACUUUCCCUUCUUUUCAAGAAAAUAAAGAAGUGCUUGUUCAAUUUUCA